CAGGAAAGUCAGUGACAGCUCUGAGGUGAUUGAGGAAGCAGCCAGCAGGAGCCGCUCGAGCUAAUCACAGCGGCGCGUUAGCUCCAGUCUCCGGGCAGAGGAAGUGAAGCAAGCGCUGCCUCUAAACUUUCUUUGUUUUUAUCCUCCUUAUUAGCAUGAAGCUUAUUUUCUUUUAACAGUUGCUUAGCCAGUCUGCUUCCUCUGGGCAAAACUGGAAAACUCUGGCAACAUCUCCUUUGAGUGGUCUUCUGAGAGCCAUGGCCAAACCCAAAAGACCUGGUGUGGACAAGCCUGGUGAUGCAUCAAAGCGAGGGAGGAAAACUAAACCUAAGCACAAGAGUGGAGGCUCAGAGUCCGAGAGGAAACAGAAAGACACAGAAGCAGGCCUUCCUUUGCUUUCUGGACAGACUGCAUCAAAAGCCACGUCCUCUCACACCAGUAAGGUGUCAGUCCCGGCAGCAUGCCCACCUCAGAAGACUGAGAGUUCAGGUCCUGAUGUUGCACAAAGUCAUGCAGUUAAGUCCCUUCAGAGCUCAUCCAGGACAUCAGCUUCUUGGAGAUCAGAGAUAGACAAAACAAGCUCAAAAGGCUCCGAGGAGGGAAAUAGAGGGUCUACGCUGGUGCAGUCACGUUUGGCGUGGAAGACCAUGGCCAGUCCUGCUCCUACUGUAGAUGCACUCAAGAUCCUAAAUGCAGAAAAAAGAGCUUCUGUUAAAGAAACAGAGUUGAAGAUUAUGCCGUCUACUCAGUUAAAGCUCCCGCAGAGACCAAAAGGCUCAGCAAAAACACAAGCAGUGACAAAGAAGAAGAAGAAGAAGAGGAAGAUGGGCUUGUAUAGUUUUGUUCCCAAGAAGAAAACCAAAGUGUCAACUCAGCAGAACCUCACUUUAUCUACCUCAGACAGCCAAAAACCGGUAUCACAUGGAGUCAAAGGGUUGCAGCUACCCUUAGAGGAGGCUUUUAAACCCAGAACAUACGUCGAUAGCAAUGAGAAGCCGAGCGGAAGAGCAACUGAAGGAGAUGCGGCUGAACUGCAGAACAACAGUGAAAGUGUGAACUCUCCCGAAAACGUCAGAGAAGAAUAUACAGAGCUGCCUCUACACACACUGGCACAGGAGAGCGUCCUCACAGCUAUACACGCAGGUUUGCCUGAGGAUAAGGAAAACAUGGAGUCAGAUGAGACACUGGAGCCGCCGCUGUGUAGUUGCCGCAUGGAAACACCCAGGAACCAGGAUGUAGUAACACUGGCCGAGGGAAAGUGCAUGGCUGUAGAGGGUGUAGAUGGGAAGCUGAGUUUAUGUCGAAGACCAAUCCAGAAGCAGGAGAUGAUGCGCCCAUCUCUGCGGAUCCCAUUGCUGGUGCUGUGUGAGGAUCACCGGGCCGGUAUGGUCAAACACCAGAGCUGCCCAGGCUGUGGCGUCUUCUGCAGAGCCGGAACGUUUAUGGAAUGCCAGCCGGACGGGCACAUCUCUCACCGGUUCCACCAGAGCUGUGCGUCGACAAUUCGCGGUCAGCUCUUCUGCCCUCACUGCGGCGAGGAGGCUAGCCAGGCUAAAGAGGUCACCAUCCCUAAAGCCACUCCUAUUACUCCCACGCCGGCCAUCACUGCAGCUGCUAGAAUAUUACCUGAAGACAAAGGAGACUCCGCUUCAGCAGAAAAGCCAAGAGCAGACUCCUCACCUGCUGGCACACCUGUGGAACCUGCUGUAGAGUCGCUGGAGACAGUUCUGGAAGCACUGGAGGACGGAAAAUAUAAAAGGUCAAAGCUUCCCCCAAAGCAGCUCUUCUUCUCAGCUAUGAGAGGAGAACUUCAGCAAGUCAUGCACAUGCUGGUGGAAGGAACGGACCCCAACUUGCAGAUGGACAGUGAGAGGAGGCGCACCCCGCUCCACGCAGCCGCUGCUGAGGGCCACAAAGAGAUCUGCCACAUCCUAGUCCAGGCGGGAGCAAACCUGGACAUGUGUGAUGAUCAGCAGCGCACUCCUCUGAUGGACGCCUGUGAGAGCAACCACAUGGAGACUGUAGAGUACCUACUGAAGGCUGGGGCCUCCACAUCACACAAGGAUAUAAGGGGCUCUACGUGUCUCCACAUGGUGACUCGAGGAGGCCACAUCGGGAUACUGCAGCAUCUCCUAUCCACUGCCUCUGUAGAUGUUAACUGUAAGGAUGAUGGAGGCUGGACCCCCAUCACUUGGGCAACUGAAAACUUGCACACAGAGCAGGCGAAGCUGUUGAUUGCCCGCGGAGCAGAUAUCCAUAUGAGAGACAAGGAGGAGAAUAUCUGUCUGCACUGGGCAGCAUUUGCCGGCUGUGCUGACAUCGCUCAACUGCUGCUGGAGAACAGAUCAGACCUGCAUACUAUGAACAUACACGGGGACACGCCUCUGCACAUCGCUGUCAGACAGAACCAGCUGGAUUGUGUCAUGCUCUUUCUGUCACGAGGAGCAGAUGUGAACCUGAAGAACAAGGAUGGAGAAACCCCUUUGGACUGCUGUAGCAUCAACUCCAAGGUGUGGAGCAUCCUCAACACCAGCAAGAAGCUCACUGAUGCCCGCAGAGGCAGAGACAGACAGGGAGAGCAGCUCCUCUGCAGAGACUUGUCUCGGGGUUAUGAGGACGUCCCUGUGACCUGUGUGAACGGAGUGGACCAAGAGCCCUGUCCAAACUUCAAAUAUGUCCCUGAGAACUGUUUCACCACUCAGGUGAACAUUGAUGAAAAUAUCACACACCUACAGCACUGCACAUGUAAAGAUGACUGCUCAUCCAGCAGCUGCAUCUGUGGCCAGCUCAGUAUACGCUGCUGGUAUGACAGGGAAGGCCGUCUGCUGCAGGAGUUCUGUAGGGAAGACCCGCCCUUCCUGUUUGAAUGCAAUCAUGCCUGCGCGUGCUGGAGAACAUGCCGGAACAGAGUGGUGCAAAACCGACUGCGGGUCCGACUGCAAGUCUUUCGCACUGCUAAAAUGGGCUGGGGUGUGAGAGCUCUGCAGGAUAUUCCUGAAGGAACCUUCAUAUGCGAGUUCGCUGGCGAGAUCAUUUCAGAUGGAGAAGCGAACAUCAGAGACAACGACUCAUACAUGUUCAACCUGGACAAUAAGGUUGGCGAGGUCUACUGCAUCGAUGCACAAUUCUAUGGCAAUGUCAGUAGGUUUAUGAACCACCUGUGUGAGCCCAAUCUGUUUCCUGUGCGAGUGUUCACCAAACACCAGGACCUGCGCUUCCCACGUAUCGCACUGUUCUCCUGCAAAUCCAUACGGGCUGGAGAUGAGCUGGGGUUUGAUUACGGAGAUCAGUACUGGGAGAUUAAGAGGAAGUACUUCAGCUGUCAGUGCAGUUCUCCUAAUUGUAGGCACUCGGGGGCUGGUUUGGGACGCGGCCAUGUGGACAGCUCGGCUCAAACACCCACCGUCCGGAGCUCCUCUCAGGUAGCCAGCACUCGGCACAUUCGCUCAGCCAACACUGGACAAGCAGCAAGCCAACCCUGACCUGCCUCUGUGAGGACACUGCAGAGAUGAACUGUUCGUGUACCACUUCCUGUUCAUAUUUCGUGGUAGUACUCUGCAAUGGAGUAUUUUUUAUUAUUAUUUAAAUCUAUGAAGAGGACGUUUAUAAAAAUGCAGCAAAAGGCUCAUUUUAAAGCAGAUUGCCGUUAGAUUCAAUGAAUUCGGAUAGAAUUAUUCCACAAAGCAGUUUCAUUUUUUUUUAACAUAAUGGAAGGAUUAUGAAAUAAGAACAUGCAAUAUAUAUUUUAUCAAUAAUGUUUUUAAACAGCUGGGACAGAUGUUCAGCUGAUUGCCUCAAUUUUUAAAUGGGUUUAAGAUACAGCUUAACUCAUAAACGACAGAUUUUUAGGGAUUAUUAAUUUUUUCAGUCAUCCCAAUUUUAUUAUCUCUAUAAUGUUUGUAAUUAUAAUAAUCAUGCAGAUUAAAGCCUUUUUGUAGAUAUUUUCUAUUA